AUUAUAUAAUCAGAGAAGACCCAACCGUUAAAGAGGAAAAGAAAAAAUGAUGUCGGGGAUUGAGGAGGACAAACUGCAUUUACUAAAACAGCAGCUACUGCCUGCCCUCUGCGCUCUGCCUGUAGACAGAAUAUCCAUGUAUUUUCUGCAAAACCCAGACCCAGAGGAAUUAUCACCAUUUCCUUGGGAUACGCGCUUCCCCUCUGUACGUACACUUUCACGCGCAUUCAUUCCUAUUCCCCCUUCCUAUGCCAACUGCACUGCGCCAGAUCUUUACACCCUGCCCCCAGCGCGUGAAGUUAAAAUUGAUUUGCACACUGCCCUUUAGGAUUUUGGGUACUAUGGCUCUAGCGGCGUAGCCCCUCUCCCUAUUGGCUAAUACAAAUAAUAUUUCUUUCUUUUUUUUUUAAUUUCAAAUUUCAUUAUCUUUGUUAAGAAGGUAUUAAUAAAUUUUUUAUUAUAAA